AUCAUAGUGGAGGUGAACAGACAGGCGGCAGCGGGUGGGAACGAGGACGUAUGUCGAUUUGCAGAGAAACAUAGAAGAAAACGCUGGAAGGGACAGCAUUCAGAUAUCGCGGGGCCUGCACAUUCAGGUUCAUCUGAGGGAGUUUCUCUUCCACUGUAAAGUAACGUUACCCAUUUGUCCCACAAGAUGGGCAACCGGGGAAUGGAGGACCUGAUUCCUCUGGUGAACAAACUGCAGGACGCCUUCUCUUCCAUCGGACAAAAUGCCAACCUGGACCUGCCUCAGAUCGCCGUGGUCGGUGGGCAGAGUGCGGGGAAGAGCUCGGUAUUAGAGAACUUCGUCGGGAAGGAUUUUCUGCCCCGUGGAUCUGGCAUUGUCACUCGGCGCCCCCUAGUGCUUCAGCUCAUCAACUGCCCUACUGAAUAUGCCGAGUUCCUUCAGUGUAAGGGGAAGAAGUUUACUGAUUUUGAUGAAGUCCGUCAGGAGAUUGAAGCAGAGACAGACCGCCUCACCGGACAGAAUAAAGGAAUCUCACCGGUCCCAAUCAACCUGCGGGUCUACUCACCUCAUGUUCUCAAUCUCACCCUCGUGGAUCUGCCUGGUAUGACCAAAGUACCCGUCGGUGACCAGCCGGCUGAUAUAGAGUCCCAGAUCAGAGACAUGCUGAUGCAGUUUGUGACGAAAGAGAACUGCCUUCUGCUGGCUGUGUCUCCUGCCAACUCUGACCUGGCCAACUCAGAUGCCCUCAAGAUUGCCAAGGAGGUGGACCCUCAGGGCUUGAGAAGCAUAGGUGUGAUCACUAAAUUGGAUCUUAUGGAUGAAGGAACUGACGCGCGUGACAUCCUGGAGAACAAACUUCUUCCCCUACGUCGAGGAUACGUUGGGGUGGUGAACCGCAGUCAGAAGGACAUUGAUGGUAAAAAGGACAUCACGGCUGCUAUGGCGGCAGAGAGGAAGUUUUUUCUCACCCACCCAGCCUAUCGACACCUGGCUGAUCGCAUGGGUACUCCAUACCUGCAGAAGGUCCUCAAUCAGCAACUGACUAACCACAUCCGUGACACCCUCCCCGGACUGAGAAACAAACUGCAGAGUCAGCUGCUGUCCAUUGAGAAAGAAGUGGAGGAAUACAAACACUUCCGGCCCGACGAUCCAUCCCGCAAGACCAAAGCUCUGCUACAGAUGGUGCAGCAGUUUGCUGUGGAUUUCGAGAAGCGCAUCGAGGGUUCGGGAGAUCAGGUGGACACGGUGGAGCUGUCUGGGGGCGCGAGGAUCAAUCGCAUCUUCCACGAGCGCUUUCCCUUUGAGCUGGUUAAGAUGGAGUUUGAUGAGAAAGAGUUGCGUAAGGAGAUUAGUUACGCCAUCAAGAAUAUCCACGGUAUUAGGACCGGUCUGUUCACUCCAGAUAUGGCCUUCGAGACCAUCGUAAAGCGUCAGAUCGGCAAAAUCAAAGAGCCGUGCCAGAAAUGUGUUGACCUGGUGAUCACCGAGCUGGUUAAUACGGUCAGGCAGUGCACCAAGAAGCUGGCUCAGUACCCUAUGCUUAGAGAGGAGAUGGAGCGGAUUGUCACCCAGCACAUCCGCGAUCGUGAGAGUCGCACUAAAGAUCAGGUCAUGUUGCUGAUAGACAUUGAGUUGGCCUACGUGAACACCAAUCAUGAGGAUUUCAUCGGUUUUGCCAAUGCCCAGCAGAGAAGCAGUCAGAUGAAUAAGAAGAAAGCUGUUGGCAAUCAGGAUGAGAUAAUGGUGAUCAGAAAGGGAUGGCUGACCAUCAAUAACAUCGGCAUAAUGAAAGGUGGAGCAAAGGAAUAUUGGUUCGUCAUGACCGCUGAGAAUCUGUCCUGGUACAAAGAUGAUGAGGAGAAAGAGAAGAAGUACAUGCUGUCGUUGGACAACCUAAAGCUCAGAGACAUCGAGAAGAGCUUCAUGUCCAGCAAGCACGUGUUUGCUCUCUUUAACACUGAACAGAGGAACGUGUAUAAAGACUACAGACAGCUGGAGUUGGCCAGCGACACUCAGGACGAGGUGGACAGCUGGAAAGCAUCGUUCCUGCGUGCUGGUGUUUACCCAGAGCGCAUCAUCGAUAAAGAAAAGAGUGACAGCAGUGAGGACAGCUCGGAUGGCUUCACUCACUCUAUGGAUCCUCAGCUCGAGAGGCAGGUGGAGACCAUCAGGAACCUUGUGGAUUCCUACAUGGCCAUCAUCAACAAGACCGUACGGGACCUCAUGCCCAAGACCAUCAUGCAUCUCAUGAUCAACAAUACUAAGGAGUUUAUCCAUGCGGACUUGCUGGCUAACCUGUACUCAUGUGGAGAUCAGAACUCUCUGAUGGAGGAGUCGGCCGAUCAGGCUCAGCACCGAGAGGAGAUGCUGCGUAUGUACCACGCUCUCAAAGAGGCUCUCGACAUCAUCGGUGACAUCAGCACCACCACCGUGUCCACCGUCAUGCCUCCGCCGGUCGAUGACUCCUGGCUGCAGGUACAAGGAGGACCUUCAGGACGCAGAUCUCCAAUGUCUAGUCCGACUCCCCAGCGCAGGGCCCCACCCGGACCCCCUCGCCCUGGGAGUCGCACCGCCCCAGGUCCCCUUUCUGCUGGAGCACCACCAGUACCAUCUAGACCUGGAGCCUCCCCAGACCCCUUCAGUGGCCCCCCGCCCCAGGUCCCCUCACGUCCCAACCGUGCCCCACCAGGUGUACCCAGCCGUCCAAGCAAAGGAAGCCCGUCUCACAGCGAGAGUCAGCAUCCGUCAUUUGACUCUUAAAGCCAAUCCUCUCCUCCUUCGCCUCCCUCUCUCUCUCUUUCUCUGUGUUUUUUCCUUUGACCAAGAGCCUGUCAGAAUCGCUGCAAAUCAAGUUUAGCAGCUGAAAUAAUAGCUGAAAUCAAGGGAUACAAGAGAAAUUCGUGUCACAGGCUCUUGAAUGAUAUGCCCAGCAUGUCAACUUUUAAAGUCACUGCAGUGUUUAUUAUAUGAAGAUACUGUGUGGUGUUUGUGUUUACACACUAGACAAUGUAAACAUGUUUAGAUUAAGCUGUCACUCGAGGUGUAUAAGCCGUAUAUAAGCUUACAGUAUGUACUGUAUGUGUCCCUUCACCUCUACAGGACGGUGGACGCACAGAAGUUAAACUCCUGAUAGUUGAAACAUGUAGUACCGUGUGUAAGUGUUAUCUAUGGAAAAAAAAUCUUUGAAACCCAAAAUGUUUGUUUCGUCCAGUGUCGGUUCACUAGAAGCCUUUGUAUUUCCCAAACGAAUAAGAUAUGUUUGACUGAAAUGCACUGUAUAUACAUUAGGAUAUAUAUAUAUUAUGAAAUAUCUGGUAUGGGGGAAAAGUACUAGUGAAAAUAUUUGACUCAAAGUUUGCGCGGUUUGUUUAUUUCUUGAUGCAAUCGUAGAAGAUGUCUGAAUCGAGGGAUAGUUGGUAUGAAAUGCAUCUCAGAUGAAGGUUAAAAAUGCAUUCUUUUGACCCAGCAAAAGUUUGAGAGUAAAUAUGGGAGCUGUUUUGAGUGAAAAUUAAUGUGUUGUUGUAUAUCUGUUGUGCAUCUCUGGGAUUGUUCUUCUGUUGCUGUGUGUCAAAAUGUACAUUUACUGAGUGUUGAUAAAAACGUCAUCGUAUUGAAAAUGAACUGAUUGUAAAAAUAUAAGCAUAUGGUUUAAUGUGUGUAUAUACAUCCAUGGAGGGGUCUGCCGGCAUCACCAAAUCAAAUGGAACUGGUGAAUGUGAAUCAUACUGCUGCCAUCUGUAUCUUAUUGUGGUCUGGUGUUAUAAACUGGCCAAUGCUUUGUGAUGAUAUUAAAGCAUCUGUGUGGAAGAUACAA